GUGCUGUUCCGUUGGGAACCACAGCUAAGGAAGAGAUGGAGCGGUUCUGGAAUAAGAACACGAGUUCAAACCGUCCUGUUUCUCCCCAUAUCAGUAUCUACAGAUGGUCUCUUCCCAUGGCAAUGUCCAUUUGCCACCGUGGCACUGGUAUGGCCUUAAGUGGAGGGGUUUCUCUUUUUGGCCUGUCGGCGCUGCUGCUUCCUGGGAGCUUUGAGUCUUAUUUGAUGUUUGUGAAGUCCCUGUCUUUGGGUCCAGCACUCAUCCACACAGCGAAGUUCGCGCUUGUCUUCCCUCUCAUGUACCACUCGUGGAAUGGGAUCCGACACUUGGUGUGGGACUUAGGAAAAGGCCUGGCGAUCCCCCAGGUCCAGCAGUCUGGAGUGGCUGUCUUGGUUCUUAGUACGCUGUCCUCUAUAGGACUGGCAGCCAUGUGAAGAGCUGAAAUUCCCAGCAUUGUCCUAAUCAUUAUUACACUGAUUUAUAUUCCUGUUUAUUAUCACUCUUAUCGCCAGCCACCAAAGUUCCCCUGAUUUGUUAGAUGCCACGUGCUUCAAAUCCCAUGGAGCUCAGCAGAUGCUUGAAGAACUGUAGCAAUAGGAAAUGCCGUCUUCCCUGGGCCAGGAGCAAGGCCUUCCUCCCUCUCCACAUUUGACUCUGAUUUGUGCUGAGGGUCUGCUUUCAGCUCCUUCUUGCUGAGACAGUAGAAACAAUGCCAGUUCUGUGGCUGCCCUGGGUGCCACUGUCUGUAGGCUGCUGGCUUAAAGGACAAUUCUGUUCAUUGGUCAGCUCGGGGCCUUUAGCACCCACACAGCGGGACUGAGAAGGGAGGUGGAGGUGGAGGGGAUUGCUCUGCCCAGCUAGAAGGAGGUACAGAGCGAGCUGGAUCUUGGAUGCUCGUGCUUGGAGAAAAGAUGCACAGCUUUUGAUGGAUGAGGACGAUCCAAAAAUUGUAUUUUCUAUUCUUUCUGUUUUUCACUUCUAGUGAAACAUACCUUUAAUGUCAUGUUUUCUGAUCUAAAUUCUUGUCCCAUCUUCUUUGGAAACGAUUAAAGUACUACUCAUUUCUCA